GUUCUCUCUUCUUAUUCCACUUCCUGUUAGCUGAAGUUCUAAGCAUGGCAACUGCAACGACCCCGGUUGGCCAAGAUCAACCGACCACAGCAGAUCCUCCACCAGUCGUGUUUGAUUUGUCUCAGCCUCCGGUGAUCGAGGGCUUUGCCCCGCUGCCCAGAGCGAAGGAGGAGAAUUUUAAAGACAAAUUCAUCAGGAAGACCAAAGAGAACCCAUUCGUCCCUAUAGGUUGUUUGGGAACAGCAGGAGCAUUGAUCUAUGGCCUCAGCGCCUUCAGACGGGGCAAAACUCGACAGUCACAGCUGCUAAUGAGAGCCCGUAUCUUUGCUCAAGGCUUCACUGUCGUUGCUAUUAUAGUGGGUGUAGCCACCACAGCACUGAAGCCCAAGCAGUGAGGACGAGACCGCAGAUCCUGUUUGACCACACUGACAAGCGCCUUAUACAGUCCAUGGGUGGAAUGUGAUGUCAAUAUGGAAUGUACUGAGCAUUAAAUGCCAAUUGUUAGCAUUUUUAUUUUCUUUAGAUAAAGGCCCAGUGUAAGAACUCGUAUUAUAGAUUGACUGUUUGCAGAUGGCACUAUUUGCAGACUUUAUCAAUAUGCCACACAUGUAAGGGAAAAAAAAUCUGUCAUCAUUUACUCACUCUCAAGUUGUGCCAAACCUGUACAAGUUAAGCACAAAAGAUCAUAUUUUGGAGAAUGUUUGUAACCAAACAGUUAAUGAUUGACGUUGAAAAGUCAGUGGCUACCGUCAAAUGCUUGGUUACACACUUUCUUCAAAAUAACAGCUUUUAUGCUUAACAGAAGAAAGGAACUCAUACAAGUUUGGCACAACUUGAGGCUGAGUAAAUUAUUAUUUUAAUUUUUGGGUGAACUACCCACUAUUUAAUUUAAAGAGUCACAAAAUUGUCUGGUCACAGGCGUAGUACCCGUUUUUCCAUGUUGAUGACCAUUGCUUGAAACAUUACAUUGCUUUUUUUUCUUAAUUUUCUGUAUAUAUUUAGAUGGACUACUAAAGGUGCUGCGUAUUGUAUGCAAAAAAAAAAAAAAAGGAAUUCUUGAUAUUAACUUAAAUCUCCAAAUGUUAGUUUCAUUUUGAAAGUCACAAUAAAUAUUGUCUGAAUGCG